GCCAGCGACGGCGGGGUCUCUCGCGGGACCGCUGCUCAUGGCUUGUAGCGCCAGAGCACUGCAGCCGCGGCCACGGCGGCGCCCUCCUCCUCGUUCUCUUCGCGGGCUUCCAGCCGGGACGCAGCUAACGCCCCAGCCCCGCAAGCCCUCCUCCCCUCCGCCUCCCCGGCCGCGGACGGAGCCGCCUCCAGCACCGCCCCGCGCGCAGCUGGGCCAGCGGCAGCCAGCGCCGCCCAGCGCCCGGCCCUGGGGUCGCCACCGCCCGCCGAGUCGACUCCGCGGUGCCAGCCCCGCUGUGACGCAGGCCGCGCUGCCCGGGAACUUCCUCCCCUGCAGAGACCACCCCGCGCCCGGGACCAGCCAGCGAGGGCUGCCGCCCGCCGCCGGGGGCUUUCUCCAGGACUGGGAGAGAAAUCCUGUCUCCGCUUUGCGACGCAGCCACUCCCACCCCGAGACGCCCACCUGGCGGGCUCUGCGUAGGGGGAUUCGGCUGCGUCUAAUACCACCUCCACCACUCAUCCCUAACAAUGCGCGGAAAACCAGAGGCGGCUGUGCGCGCAGCGUCGACUCAGCCACCGCAGCUCCUCCCCCGGGGAUGAAAAAGCAAACUCUGACGUCUUGAAAGCUGGCAGCUCUCUGUAUGGAAAAUCUCUUCCCAGUGAAAAAAUGUACAGACAAGAUUACUGAGUAACAGUCUUCUGGGAAUGCCUUAUCAAUGCCAGCUAUUUGAAGAGCACCCAAAGUCAAACUAGUGCUCUGCACUGGCAGUCUGGAGAAUACAGAUGUAUGUGAGUAGAGAAACUGAUAGACAACUAGUCGCUGACCAGUUGGCCUGUUUUCAUACUACAAGCCUUCAGAAAGCAGUCGCCUCCUUUUACCAUGUUUCUAUUUCUAAACCAAAAUGAAAAGGACAUUUGUUCAAAAGA